AAGCUCUAUGUAAACGACAUGGCAACUAUCAACAGUUGGCAAACUCACUAGCCAGUAGCCGAUACCCAUAUGCUUGUUUCUUGGAAGAUACCGUCUCCUCUUUCUCCAGAUUCCUCUCAACUUUUUCCUUAUCUUUUUCACAGAACCAACUGAACCUCUCUCUCUCUCUCUCUCUCUGCAUGAGCUCACACAACAAUCUACAAUGACUGACGCUUUCUCUCUUUGCUCUCACCAUCGUCUUCUCUCUCCAUUCCCAAUUUCCUCUUCUAAAUCUAAACCUCAUGUAUUUUCUAAUCGCCUCUCCUUACUAUCCAACCGCUCCUCCUCUCUGUUUCGCAUCCUCUGCUCUUCUCCGAUCAACUCCUCCGAUUCUGCUCCCUCCGGCGAUCGAUUAUCCAGCAACUUUUGCAUUAUAGAAGGGCCCGAGACUGUUCAGGAUUUUGUUCAGAUGCAGCUGCAGGAAAUUCAAGAUAACAUAAGGAGUAGGCGUAAUAAGAUCUUUCUUCUCAUGGAAGAGGUGAGGAGACUGCGCGUACAGCAACGCAUAAAGAGUGUGAAAGUUAUUGAUGAAAACGUCGAAGAAGAAGAAGAAGAGGCAGAUGAAAUGCCUGAAAUGCCAUCAUCAAUUCCUUUUCUUCCUCGUGUGACACCGAAGACAUUGAAGCAGCUUUACCUUACAAGUUUAUCUUUUAUAUCGGGAAUUAUCGCAUUUGGGGGUCUAAUUGCUCCUACACUGGAACUAAAAUUAGGUCUUGGGGGCACCUCAUAUGAGGAUUUCAUACGUAGCAUGCAUUUGCCAAUGCAACUGAGUCAGGUGGAUCCUAUUGUGGCGUCCUUUUCAGGUGGGGCAGUGGGUGUCAUUUCAGCAUUGAUGCUGAUUGAAGCCAACAAUGUUGAGCAACAAGAGAAGAAAAGAUGCAAAUAUUGCCAUGGAACUGGAUACUUGGCCUGUGCCCGAUGUUCAUCAAGUGGUGUGUGCUUGAGCAUUGAUUCCAUCUCACUAUCCAGUGCUUCUGAUCGACCCUUGGAAGUACCAACAACUCAAAGGUGUCCAAACUGUUCUGGUGCUGGAAAGGUAAUGUGCCCUACAUGCCUGUGCACUGGGAUGUUGAUGGCAAGUGAACAUGACCCCAGAAUCGAACCAUUUGACUAGGGAGGAUUAAGAAACACUCAUUUUGAUAAUGUAAUCUUCUAAGUAUUUGUCCAACUUUUAUUCAGCACAAAAUUUAGAAACAAUCUCCUCUGUCUCCGAGUUGUAAUUCGUGCACUGGUUAAGAGGUGUCAACUGGGUGUCUAUAAGCAAGCAAACCAACGUGGAGAAUCCUUUUGUGCAUUCUUCCUGCGAAGAAUAGGCAGUUUGUGCGAUCACCAUGUGAAGUUAUUGCCGGAAGGUGGAUUUGCUGGGUUUUGUUUCUUUUGAUAUUAUUUGGUUUCUCUUAUGGGAUGAAAUUAGAAAAAAAAAUAAAUUAUUUGGUGCA